AUGCAACGCCUUUUGAUCCUGCUAACGCUCGCCGCGCCGAUCCGUGCGCUCCGGCAGCCGCGCGCUUCGGCCGCUUCGGCGCUGCAGCGGUCGGCCUCCGCGGCCGCCGCGCCGGCCGUGCGCGCGCCGCCGCGCACGAGCGAACCCGCGGCCCCGCCGACGCUGCGCGCGCCGCCGGGCGCGACCCUGCGGAUCCUCAGCGAGUCGCCGCGCGUCGCGGUCGUCGACGACCUGCUGACCGCGGCCGAGUGCGAGGCGUUGGUCGCCCACGCGUCCCGCCGCGGCCUCGAGCGGAGCAACCCGUCGGCGGCGCAGUUCGACGCGGCCAAGCUCCGGAGCCUCGCGCCGCUGCUGCUCGCGGCGCCCCUGCCGCGCGCGGCCGCGACGUUCGACGCCACCGGCGGCGACGUCGCCGCGGCCGCGGCCGCGGGCGGCGCCGUCCUCGCCCUGGCCGGGGCGCUGACCGUCGCGCUCGCCCAGGUCGUGAAAGCCGUCUCCCAGGCGCGCGCGGCCGGGGGCCGCACGUCCGAGGCCGUCGCGCUCAACGGCGCGGGCGACGCGGCGCUCGCGGCGCCGCUCGUGGCCCGGCUCGCGGCGGCCCUCGGCGCGUCGCCGCGCGACUUCGAGGCGCCCGUGGUCACGCGCUACGAGCGCGGCGCCAAGUUCGCGACGCACAACGACGCGUCCGCGGACCCGGAGAGGGACUGGGGCGACGCCGGCGGCCAGCGGCUCGCGACGGUGAUCCUCUACCUCAACGACGUCGCCGCGGGCGGCGAGACGUCCUUCGACAAGCUCGACGUGGCCGUGGCGCCGCGGCGCGGGGCCGCGUGCGUCUUCUUCCCCGCGGACGCGGACUCGCACCGCGCGGACGACCGCACGACGCACGCGUCCCUGCCGGCCGUGGACACGAAGUGGAUCUGCCAGGUCUGGCGCCGCGCGCGGCGCGUGCCCCCGCCCCUCGGGCUUCCCGCGGACGCGUCGUAA